AUGAAUAGUAAUAAAAUGUUAAUAUUACAAGCCCCAUCAUUAUAUAAUUCCUCAUGUUCACAUCCCCGUUAUAGUAGUAAUAAUAUAUUUGUAACAAUAACAUUGGGUGAUAUUAUACAAUUUAUAAUAAUUGUUGUAUUAACAUUUGGUAUAUUAUUUGCGAAUUUAUUAUUAAUUAUUGUUAUAAAUAGUCAACGUUAUAUUAAAUAUAUACAUUCACAACCUCGUUAUCUAUUAACAUCAUUGGCAAGUAUUGAUUUUGCAAUUGGUCUGUUAAUAACACCAUUAUCAAUAAUACCAACAAUAAAGCAUUGUUGGCCAUUUGGUGAAUUAAUAUGUCAAGUACAAGCAUUGUUACGUGUUGCAUUAGCACAACAAUCGGCUGUUAUAUUAAUAUGUAUGGCAAUUGAUCGUUACGUUUGUAUGUUAUAUCCGGUUUAUUAUCAUAAGCAUUCCACGAAAAAAGGUUGUUUCGCUAUAAUCAGCAUAACAGGCAUCAUAAACGUCAUACUCUUCGCAUUCAUUAUCGUUUUUAUCGGUGAUAAUUCCGUAACAUCACCCACACCCAUAUCAUCGUACACGGGCGGUAGCAGCUCUCAUUCCAGCAGUAAACAACAUGUUUCACAACAAAUUGUCGGUUAUUAUUUUAAUAAAACCGGUUCGUUGUCAUGCGAACCAUAUUAUUAUAAAUCAUCGUAUCGUAUAUUAAUCGCAUGCUGUUUUUAUUUCCCAACAACAAUGAUAUUAAUGUAUUGUUAUGGUUCGGCAUUUCAUGUGAACAAAUUACGAUUGAAGAAGUAUACGAUACAAUCGUCGAAUAGUAAUAAUAUCAACAAUAGUAAUCGUUAUUUGAAUAAUUCCGUUAAUUUUGUUAAUAUAAGUAGUGGUGGUGGGAGAAGUGGUGGGGAUGGUCGGAGUGGAAGUCUGCAUGAUGAUCAAUCACAUAAUAUAACAAUAUCAACAGCAUCACAUGACUGUAAUGAUUCAUCGAUUGGUAAUGGUCGUGUUAGUAUUGAAAAGUUGAUAACAUCACAUGAACGCCGAUUAAGUACAUCAGCUAGUCGAACAAUGGCUGCCAUGUCGUUAGGUUUUAUUGUAUUAGUAACGCCGUAUAGUAUUCAAGAAGUUGUGGCUGCAUGUACCGGACAACGAGCACCAGAAAUUUUGGAUUUUAUUGCAACAUGGCUGCAAUUGAGCAAUGCAUUCUGGAAUCCGUUCUUAUAUUGGCUGUUAAAUAAUCAUUUUCGACGUAUUUCAAAGAAUCUUUUAUAUACGCAUGUGUUAUGUCGCCGUAAAAAAACGAAUCCAGACGUAACUACGAUUAAAUCGUCAUACAAUACGGCCAGCAAUAGUUACAACAGUAGCGAUGAUAGCUACAAUAACGAUCGCACAAAUCAACUUUGUCAAAUAACGACGACAGCACCAUCUUUAAACAAUACCAAUACAACGACCACACUUAAUAUCACCGGUGAUAAUGGUGCAUGCGCAGCUAUACAUAGCAAUUUAUCCGCUGAACAAUAUUGGGGUGAAAUAUUAGAGCGUACAUUAUCAUCAAAUUCAUUACAACAAUUACAAAAAUCGAUAAAUAAUUCAUCAAAUUAUUAUCAUCAAAAUACUACAACUGAUAAUGAUAAUAAUGGAACUGAUAAUGAUGAGGAUGCAACUGAUAAUGAAGACGAUGCAACUGAUAAUGAAUAUAAUAAUUUAUCAUCAUAUUCAUCAUCGAAUGUUAAUAAUCAUGAUAGCAAUCCAAAUCAUUAUCAUGUUCAUCAUCAUGGGGCUGGUGGUGCAACUGGAGGGGGCGGAAGUAGUGGUGGUGCACAUUAUCACACACAUCAUCAACCACAAUAUCAUUCAUCAAAAUGUAUGAAUUAUCAUCAUAAUAAUAAUGGCGGAGAACGUAGUGAACAGUUUUUAUCAAUUCCGGAUUUAUGAAAAAUAGAUAAGACAACUCAGACUAUUAAUAAUCAGUGCAGUAGCGACA